AUGAGCAAAUGGAUAUGUUGUAAUUCAUACACGGAAGAAUUUCAAAUCAAACUUUAUUUGAAUCAUAAAAAAGAUCAGUUCCUAAAUAGGGAUUUACCGGCAUUUUCCAUUAAUGAAUCUCAUUUAAGAGAAAUUUCGAUGAACAAAAAAGAAUUCACUUCAAGUAUAAAUUUAGAAGAAGGAGGUUGCGAAGGAAAAAGAACAGCAUGUUUUGGUGGGCUUUCUGUUGCUCAACAAACAAUAUUAAUCUCCCCUACUAUUGUCGUACAGAUUCCGUGGUUUCAAACUUGCUGUGCUACUGAAAGUGAUACAUUUGAUUUUAUAUUAAAUUCCCGAUUGGACAUGAAAUUUCCAAUUUUAGAAACGAUCUUGGGCGUAAUGAAUUUACCAUUUUUGUUAUCAACCCUCUAUAACGAUAUUGAGAGUUAUGAUGGUGAACGCUGUCCCUUUUGGUGGUGGGUUUCUUUAAUUAAGUCAAAGAUGGCACAAAGCGUAACUCUGAUAAUUAUAUGA